UGCGGCUUUUUUACCCCUCGGGAAAAAAAGAACAGGGAGUGGAAAGGAAGAGAAGGCAAAGCGAAGAACUCCUCGGGCGCGCUCUGCACUCCGAGCCACGGCUGGGCGCGGGGACGCUGCUGCCACCGCCACCGCCGACUCGCUCUCUCCCUGGCCCUGCGGUGUGUGCCAGUGGGAACGCGAGCCAGGGCACUCGAUCCCGGGGACACAGAGAGACUUUUGGCCGCCACUGCCGCGGCAGGCAGAAGAGACAGCAGCGAGAAGGGCCCUGCCACCGCCUUUCCCUCCUCUGCCGCCCCGGCCGGCCCGCUCAGGCGGCCAGGCACAGGGAAGCAGGGAGGAGCAGAGGCCCAGGAGAAGCGCGCCGCGGCUCGCCCGCCCGUGGAUGCGGCGCCCGGGGGAGCCUGGAGACAACUUUGCGGGGUGACGCGCUGGGAGGACUGCAGGGCCCGCCGCCCAGGAGGGCUCGGCGCCUCCUGUAAGAGGGGCCCGCGCAGCGGCGCUCCCCCGCACAGCUCUCUCUCCUCCCGCCGGCCCGGAGCAGGGGAGAAGGACCUGCCCAUCACCGCCGCUGCCUCGGGCGGCCGUGUCCUCGCUGCGAGCAGCGACAGGGCGAGGCGCUCAGGUGCGGUCGCGGGGCCCCAGCCGCAGCGCCCUCCGCAGCGCCGCGCCCGGGGUCUCCGGCACCUUCGCUUCAGUCUCCAGAGCGACUUGCGUCCGCUGCUGCCUCUUCCCUCCACCUUUCCAACCCGGCCGAGCCAAGCCACCGUGCCAGCUCCGCUGCCGCCGCUCCUCGCUUUCGCUUCACCCCGAUCGGGGGGCUGCGGUGGCCCUCGACGCGGAGAGGAUGGGCAGGCUGCAGAUGCCUAGGCGCCCCGAGUCGUCAGCGCGCCACUGACCCGGCGGUCCCCCCCCCCUCCUGCCCGCGCUCCCUUCUGGUCCCCGCGGCGCCCCUUCUCGGCCGCGCGGGAACCCCCGCGGCCCGGCCGGCCCCCUCCCCCUGCGAGCCGGCGGCGGCGCUCCCGGCAGGCGGGCGGGCGGAGGCCCGGGCGGGGGCGGGGCGGGGCGGUGCGCCCGGAGCCCGGAGCCCGGCCCUGAGCUCGCUUUGCCUCGCCUCGCGGCGGGCGCCCUCGUCGCCAGCGGCGCACCAUGGACGGGCUGCCCGGUCGGGCGUUGGGGGCUGCCUGCCUUCUGCUCCUGGUGGCCGGCUGGUUGGGACCUGAGGCCUGGGGCUCUCCCACACCCCCGCCGUCGCCCGCUGCGCCGCCUCCGCCCCCGCCACCCGGAGCUCCGGGUGGCUCGCAGGACACCUGUACGUCGUGCGGCGGCGGCGGCGGCGGCUUCCGGCGGCCGGAGGAGCUGGGCCGUGUGGACGGUGACUUCCUGGAGGCGGUGAAGAGACACAUCUUGAGCCGCCUGCAGUUGCGGGGCCGGCCCAACAUCACGCACGCUGUCCCCAAGGCCGCCAUGGUCACGGCCCUGCGCAAGCUGCACGCUGGCAAGGUGCGCGAGGACGGCCGCGUGGAGAUCCCGCACCUCGACGGCCACGCCAGCCCGGGCGCCGACGGCCAGGAGCGCGUCUCCGAGAUCAUCAGCUUUGCAGAGACAGAUGGCCUCGCCUCCUCCCGGGUCCGCCUGUACUUCUUCGUCUCUAACGAAGGCAACCAGAACCUAUUCGUGGUGCAGGCCAGCCUGUGGCUGUACCUGAAACUGCUCCCCUAUGUCCUGGAGAAGGGCAGCAGGAGGAAGGUACGGGUCAAGGUGUACUUCCAAGAACAGGGUCACGGAGACAGGUGGAACGUGGUGGAGAAGAAGGUGGACCUGAAACGUAGCGGCUGGCAUACCUUCCCCAUCACAGAGGCCAUCCAGGCCUUGUUUGAGCGAGGAGAGAGACGCCUUAACCUGGAUGUGCAGUGUGACAGCUGCCAGGAGCUGGCCGUGGUGCCUGUGUUCGUGGACCCCGGUGAGGAGUCACACAGGCCCUUUGUUGUGGUGCAGGCUCGCCUGGGCGAUAGCAGACAUCGCAUCCGCAAACGGGGCCUAGAGUGUGAUGGGCGGACCAGCCUCUGUUGCAGGCAACAGUUCUUCAUCGACUUUCGGCUCAUCGGCUGGAACGACUGGAUCAUUGCGCCCACUGGCUACUACGGGAACUACUGUGAGGGCAGCUGUCCGGCCUAUCUGGCCGGGGUCCCUGGCUCAGCCUCCUCCUUCCACACGGCCGUGGUGAACCAGUACCGCAUGCGUGGCCUGAACCCUGGGCCCGUGAACUCUUGCUGCAUCCCUACCAAGCUGAGCUCCAUGUCCAUGCUCUACUUUGAUGACGAGUACAACAUUGUCAAGCGGGACGUGCCCAACAUGAUCGUGGAGGAGUGUGGCUGCGCCUGACAGAGGCAACGGGGGCGGAGCACAGGCCAAUGGGUCUUUGAGGGAGCAGGAGAGGCAGGUGGGCUGAGUGUGGUUGUUCCAUUGGGCCGUGAAGAGUACCGGGGUGAGGCCUGAAAUAAUGUUCUCCCGCUUUGUAGAAAACCAGUCAGGACCAGAGGGAGAAUCCCUCUGUGACACGAGAAACUCCUAACUGCACACAUAGACACGCAAAGCCAGACUCAUGCAGUCUGCCACCCACACAGCAGCCUCCGGGAUACCAGCAAACGGAUGCAGUGACAAAUGGCACCAAUGCCUGUCAGUCGGAAAGAAUGGGGUGAGCAGCCACCAUUCCCACCAGCUGGCCGGGCACUCUGAAUUGCGCCUUCUGAGCACACAUAAAAGCACACAAAGACAGAGGACACAGAGAGAGUGAGCCAGAGAGCCACCAAGAGGAAAAGCAGGGUGGGAGCGCAGGCGGGUGGAGGGCCAUGUGUCCCUGACUUGUCCCAGGUUCUUCAAGGAAGCGCCUGGCACAGUCCUGCCUGCUCACUCCCUGCCUGGCAUCCUCCAUGCUUUGAGGUCAGCAGAGCUGUGCCACCCCUGUUCUCGGAGAGGGCAAGUAGCCCAGGAGGGACUUGUCUGUCAAAAACCAUGGAGCAGGGACAGUGACCCUUUGAUGGUCUGUCACUUGCGUCCCCCAUGUGACUUAUAUAUGUGUGUAUGUGUGUGUUUGUUUUCAGGGGUGUUGGGGGAGGGAGAGAAGAAGGGUCUUAAUUUUAUGCUUUAAAUUCAUCUCCAACAACUGACAGAUCACUGGUACCAGUUGCAGAAUUGAAAAGAGCCUAUCAGCUAUGGCCUUUGAAGCGGAAAGGCCAAACGAUUCGAAGUGAGAAGGAAAGAAAAAUGUUGCAAUCAGUGCCCUUUGCUGGGGACUUCCUCCUGGUGUUGUGCUUAGAGGGGCAGGGAGGGCCACUGGCAAAGGGGAGAGACUAGGGGAGGCAGUGGCAGAGUGAGGCUGUUCUGAGGAGCUGCUCAGCUGGGCUUGGAGAGAGAGGGAGAGCUUUUGGUUGCUUUGCAGAAGUUGUCCAUGAGGGUGAGCCCUGGCUUCAGGGUUGUCUGUGGACAUGUCCCCUGCCCAGUUCACUUGCCCUCCCGCCUGCUCCACAAUGCACUUGCGGUCCUGCGUGAAUGCACACCACAAUAGCACUUGCAGGUCUACGUGUGUCCAGAAGUGGCCCUGGGGCGAGAGCUGACGUGGCUGUCCUCGUGGAUGUCCAAGUGCCACGUGAACUAUGCAAUUUAAAGGGUUGACCCACACUAGGCGAAACUGGACUCGUACGACUCUUUUAUAUUUUUAUACUUGAAAUCUUUUGCUUCUUUUCUAAGCGAAUGAUUGCUUUCAAUGUUUGCACUGAUCUAGUUGCAUGGUUAGUCAGAAACUGCCAUUUGAAAAAAAAAGUUAUUUUUAUAGCUGCAGAAAAAUGAAUACAGUUAAAUGUAUUAUACAUAAUUUUGGAACCAAAGAGGCCAGCGGAUCAGUUUUAAUUUUUAUUAGAUGGUGAGGCCAUCUUCUAUGAGGUAGAUGUUCUAAACAAUCCUUCGAGUGGCCUGCCAGUGUUUCAGGGUAUAAAUGAUUUUUUUUUUAUUCAGUUGAUGUGUCUUUUCUGUCCGUACACACCCAGAAGGUAGAGUAAAAUAAAUGACUGGUGGAGUGGAGGUGUGUACUGUAAGUCCUCAUCUUUAGUUUAUUUAAUAAAGCCCUCCUUAGGUUCUGUUUCAUAAUAACUUAAAACCAAACAAUUUCCCCCCACAGACUGGCUGUCUUAAGUAUUUUACGUUCGUGUACAGUUUAAGACAAUAAAAGAUGGAGUGCCACGGGC